AUGCAAGAUGCUAUUGCACAUGCUGCACCCAGGGUUGGCCCAUCAAGUACAGAUCCUCUGGAACACACAUGGCUGCUUCCUGGAUCAUCACUGCCAGCAGCUGCCCUGCACAAUGGUCCAAGAGAGUGUGCAUUGUCUCCAUCAGUUCAGGUGCCUCAUAAACUAUGUCCUGCUACUGUUAAUGAGUCAUUGGCCUUGGGGACUUUAAGUGAGGAUGAGGACAGGCUUGAGGACCUGGAGGAGGAAGAAGACAAUGAGCAAUUGGCAGAAGAGGAGUCUCACACCUUGCAAGAUAUCCUAGAGGUCUCAGGUCACGAUUGA